CAAACAUUGACAUUUCAUUUUCACGAAUUCUUUUAAUUUUCAUUUAUACACUAACAAAAUUAUCCGUGUUACUAUUUCCUGGAACAAUGAAAUGGAAGAAGCAAAUCAUAGUGUAAACAAUCCCACAGAACCAGGAUCAGGUAGAUGUAUGAGUAUCGAGGCAAUGCAAGCUCUUUUUGAGCUAAAAGAAAGCAAUCAGCUAUGUGAUGCUGUUCUUAUACUAGAUGAUGGUUCGGAAAUUCCUGUGCAUAGGGCGAUUCUAUGUUCUUGCAGUGCAUAUUUUAGGGCCCUUUUCAUGACACCCUUGCUCAAAAAAGAAAAAUACCGAGCCAACGUACCAGGAGUAGCUUCACACUUGCUCCACACUCUUUUACUUUACGUUUAUUUACGAAAACUAGAUCUGAAUAAAACCAAUGUCUAUCCCAUCCUCAUAGCAUCAGAUUACCUUAGCAUUUUAGGAGCUCUGGAAUUAUGCUGCGAAUAUCUAAAAUCCAUCUUGAAUCCCACAAAUUGUAUUGGAGUUAUGUUCUUUGCAGAAAAUUAUUUUUGCCAAGCAUUAAGGGCAAGUUGCUGGAGGUAUAUUAUGAAAAAUUUUGUCAAGAUUUCUGUUGAAAGUGAUGAAAUAUUGCAAUUAUCACUUAAUCAAUUACAAUCAAUUAUUAACGCUGAUGAUUUGAAUGUCAAGUCCGAAGAAACCGUCUGGCAAGCGAUAAUAAGAUGGAUUGAUCAUUCAAAAGAUAGCAGAAAAGGUUAUAUUGUGGAACUAAUGAAAUAUAUUCGCUUGGGUCUUUUGGAUACACAAUUUUUUCUGGAAAAGGUCAAAGAUCAUCCCUAUGUUACCGAAUCUGAGGGUAGUAGACCUAUGAUUAUUCAAACGCUAAAAUUUUUGUAUGACCUGGAAACGAUAAGUCAUAGGGAUGGUGAAGUAGUCACGCCUGAAAUUGCCAGACCUAGAGUACCACACGAAAUCCUUUUCGCUAUAGGAGGAUGGAGCGGAGGUUCGCCGACAAAUUUUAUCGAAACGUACGAUACCAGAGCCGAUAGAUGGAUCAAACUUGAUGAAGUUGAUCCUUCAGGACCCAGAGCCUAUCAUGGAACUGCAGUUGUAGGGUUCCGUAUUUAUAUUAUUGGUGGUUUCGAUGGAAUGGACUACUUUAACUCAUGCAGAUGCUUCGAUGCAGUCACCAAAACCUGGAAAGAAAUAGCUCCAAUGCACUCAAGAAGAUGCUACGUAAGUACUGCCGUUGUGAAUGAUCAAAUUUAUGCCAUGGGUGGGUACGAUGGACAUCAUAGACAAAAUACCGCAGAGCGAUAUGAUUAUGUUACAAAUCAAUGGACAUUAAUUAGUCCAAUGAAUAUGCAGCGUUCAGAUGCUAGUGCUUGCACCUUGCAUGGAAAGAUCUACAUUACUGGUGGAUUCAACGGCCAAGAAUGUAUGCAGUCAGUUGAAAUAUAUGAUCCAGAAAUAAACCAAUGGUCUAUGAUACCAUCAAUGCGAUCGAGAAGAUCUGGGCUAUCUUGCAUAACGUACCACGAACGAGUUUAUGUUGUUGGAGGAUUCAAUGGAAUAUCUAGAAUGUGUAGCGGCGAGAAAUACAAUCCUCUAACGAAUACUUGGGCCUCAGUACCGGAUAUGUAUAAUCCUAGAAGUAAUUUUGCCAUUGAAGUCAUUGACGAUAUGAUAUUUGCUAUUGGUGGUUUUAAUGGCGUAACAACUAUAUACCAUGUGGAGUGCUACGACGAAAGAACCAACGAAUGGUACGAGGCAACGGACAUGAAUGUUUACCGAUCAGCUUUGUCGGCUUGCGUCAUCGAUGGCCUGCCAAAUGCUACAGAUUACAUUCACCAGCACAGGGAUCGCUUGAUGGAAGAAAAACGACAAAAACUUAUUGCUUUACAGAAUCAACGGACUCUCGCUGCGGUGAUAAAUGCUAGCAAUAAUCAACAGGAUGAAAACAUGAAUAAUGAUGUUAAUUUCAAUGUACAGCAUGUUAGUAUACUUCAACAUCUGCCUCUACCAGCACAGCCCAUGGAUGUCGAGGAGCAACACGGAGUCAUUAAUCUCAUCGACUUGCAGAAUGAUAAUAAUAAUAAUAAUAAUGAUAUCAAUAACAAUGAUGAGCAUGAUAUUGAUGACAUCACCGGCAGCAUUGACGAAGAUGGAAUCCAGUAGCUACAAGAAACAAACAUCUUAUGAUGACUCAUAUAGUCUGUAUAAGGUGGUUGUGUGUUUUUGGAGACGUCUCGGACUGAUUUUGAUAAGAUGAUAACAAAGAUACCUCUUAUCUCAUCACAACUGAAUUAUCUUUAUGUAUAGGGCUACACAAAUAAUAACUCCAGGUAGUCUCAGGUAGACUGCAUUUUCUUUACUCGAUUCCAAACAUUUGCCAUCUGAGCCACUCCUCCCACUUGGUAGUGUACGAUUCAG